UUGCAAUUUAAUCUCAAUAAGUAAUUGCACAUAUAACACGUCAGGCGGUGCUUACAGAUCAGUGAAAGGGAUAACAAUUAAGCGAUGAAGUUCAUUUUAAUUUUGUGUGUUUUUGGACUAUUUGCUAGUGUCAAGGCAGUGUUGACUGAUGAACAACGAAACCAACUAAGAACAAUCUAUUCGACCUGCGAGGAGAAAACCAAAGUCGACAAACAGCAAAUUAAAUUGUCGCACGAGGGCAAGAAAACAGACGAUCCCAAGUUGAAUCAGUAUUAUUACUGUGUCCUGACCAAAUUUGGCGUCGUUGACGAAGAAAGCAAACUCAAGUUCGACGUCGUCGGCAUGGACCUCCCGAAAGAACAAAAAGAGAAUUUACAGAAAAUCGUGGACAAAUGUAAAAACGAAAAAGGAAAAGACAAAUACGAAACCGCAAAGUUACUUUUUGAAUGUUAUUGGAAAACCACCAGCAUUCGCACUGCCGUUAAAUAAAUGUUUUCAUAUACACACAAAAAAAUAUUUUUCUUUGAAUUAUUUAGAUGGUUUUUCAGAAAAUAAUUUCGCUACCAAAAUUGCACUAACAUAAAGUAGAAGUAACAAUAUAAUUUGUAGACUUUUCUUGAUUUUUCUUUGUGAAAUGUUUGCCAAUUAUAUCAAAAA